AUGGUGGAAGAAUCGCAUGAUGGAACCAUUCAAGUAUUAAAGGAUAGGAAAGAAUGGAAUGUUGAAGAUAAACUUGCAAUUCAGAACAAUGCUAAAGCAAAAAAGAUCUUGAUUUGUGGAAUAGGUCCAGAUGAAUACAAUCGAAUAUCAUCAUGUCAAGAUGCAAAAGCAAUAUGGAAAACUUUGCAAACUGCGCAUGAAGGAACAACUCAGGUAAGGAAGUCUAAAAUAGUUUACUUGAACAGACAAUACGAACUGUUUCGAAUGGCAGAAGGUGAAACAAUCCAAGAGAUCCACAACAGGUUCACUGCUAUCAUUAAUGAAAUCUACUCACUAGGUGAAAUAAUUUUCAAUGGGAAGACAGUCAGAAAACUUUUGAGUGUUCUUCCAGAAACAUGGAAAAGCAAAGUAGAAGCCAUUACUGAAGCACGUGAUCUAGAUUAA